AUGGCAUCAGCAGAAGCGCCACCGCCGCCUUCCGAGGCACCUGUUCUACCCGACUACAUGACGGAUCAGAAUGCUGUCCUUGGAGAUUCCCAAGCAGCAUGGCGCUUCGGCAAGCCUCCGGAUUAUACCAACACCCGGAAAGUAUUUACCGAGACGAAACAACAGUCUCAUGCACCCGGGUCUCUUGAGGAUCUCGUCCAGAAUCUAGUCAAGAACUGGGAGAUCGAAGCCUCCUUCAAGACUGCCGUCUCUGACUGGAGGACCGUGGAUCCCGAGACGUACACGUUUGCCAUCAACGGCGGGCCUGCGCAGUCGGCCGAGUCCAUGGUCAAAAUUGGGACGUACAACGCUGUCAUCGCGCCCAACGAGUACUACAGUCCCCGUCACUCGGACUUUGCUUCGAGCCACAAGACGUUCAAACGAAUGAUGCCCACGUUUGCCUGGGAGGUCCUCGAGGUCUACAGCGGACCACCCGUUGUGGCGUUCCGAUGGAGACACUGGGGAGUCAUGAAGGAGGACUAUGUCGGCUGGAACCACGACGGAGAAAAGGUCACAGCCAAAGCUCAUGGCGGACCUAUUGAUAUCCAGGGCGUCACCGUGGCGCACUUGAGCCCCAAGUUCCAAAUCACCAAGCUCGAGACUUGGUUCGACCCGGUCGAGAUGUUUCGGCAGGUUGCACCGGAAGGUGUCGUGAAAAAGGAGAUGGCGGCCGCUGCCGCUGCUGCCGGCUGUCCAGUCAUGGCUCACCAGGCUGAGGCGAAUGCCAUCUUGGCAGCUGCUGGUACUACUGAUGAUGAGGCUCUAGAUGCUGCUAGAGAGGCAGAUAAAGCCAUUGUCGAUGGACAAGAAAGGCUAGGGGCCGAGACGACUGCAUCUGAGGCCAACCCUGUUCAUGGCGAAAUUCCAAAGGCCAAUGCUGAAUAA